AUGCGUUGGCACACUAUAUCGGUCACCAUUCUCUGUCUACUGCAAUGGAAAUCCAACGGAGAGCUGACGAGGCUGCGGCGAGAAGGCGACACUCGCGUUGUACAGCUGUCCCUGCAGCGGAGCAAGGUCCAGGAUCCUGUUGCGCGAGACAGGCAACGAAUCAGGAGGCGCAGUGGAACCAUGCAGGCAGAGCUGGAUAACCUGAGAACCCUAUACUUCUUUAAUGCCUCGCUCGGCAAUCCACCCCAAGAACUACGCCUCCAUCUUGAUACAGGCAGUAGUGAUCUUUGGGUAAACACGGCAGGUUCGUCAUUAUGCAAGUCAUCGACUGAGGCUUGUGAUGUAUCAGGAACGUAUACAGCCAAUUUGUCAUCAACAUACGAAUACAUAAACAGUCACUUCAACAUUUCCUACGUGGACGGCUCAAGUGCACAAGGCGACUACGCUACAGAUUCAUUUCGUUUCGGAGACAUUGGUAUUGACAAUUUCCAAUUUGGCAUCGGAUAUAAGAGCAGCUCUCAACAGGGGAUUCUCGGUAUCGGAUACCCCGAAAAUGAGGUCCAAGUCGCUCGAUCUGGGGAGCGACCGUACGAGAGUCUUCCCACAAGAUUGCUUGCAGACAAGCACAUUGGCACCAAUGCGUAUAGUAUUUGGCUCGACGACAUCAACUCGACGACAGGAAGCUUGCUGUUUGGUGGUGUCGACAGCUCGCAAUAUCGCGGAAACCUAGUGACUGUUCCUGUUCAAAAGGUUGGUUCCAGCUACCGCGAAUUUUUCAUCACCAUGACAGGGCUCGACGCUGGCUCCAAGUCCAUAGCCAAUGACAUGGCGCUGGCCGUACUACUCGAUACAGGAUCCUCCCUUACAUAUCUGCCCAACGACUUGGCGACUUCAGUCUACCAGGCAGUCAAUGCGACGUGGUUCGAGCGAUCUCAACUGGCUAUUAUACCCUGCGACAAAGCACUCAGCGACGAUACCAUCACAUUUCAUUUUAGCAAACCAGCAUCAAUAUCCGUCCAGUUGAGAGAGCUUGUGCUGCCAGUCGUUUCUGCUAAUGGUAGAUCUCCCAAGCUAAAUGAUGGGAGAAAGGCCUGCCUUUUCGGAAUAUUUCCUUCUGGUAAAGGGGCAAGGGUCCUUGGCGACACGUUCCUACGCAGCGCCUAUGUUGUUUAUGACAUUGCAAAUAACGAAGUGUCCCUGGCUCAGAGCAACUUUGACGCGAAGCCGUCGGGGUCCAACGUUGUGGAAAUCGGCGCCGGGAAAAAUCAGCUUCCCGACGCAACGGUUGCUCCGACCCCGGUGGCGGCCAAGUCAGGACUGCCUGUCUCCGGCGUAAAGGUUUGA